AUGUAUUAUUUGUCUCUUUUCAGUAAUUCCGUCUACUCUCGAUUCUCCACGACCGAUUGGGGCCAGUCUAACAAUUCUCACUUUAAUCUUUCGUCUAAAGAAAGAUCGUAUGGAGAACGAUUGAGAGCUGACGCAUGGAGAGCCAUCAAGGAGACCGACACCCGAACUCGAAACCGACAAACUGAAGUUACCAAACGACUUGGUGAACGAGUGACUGAUAUCGCCUUCUGGAAGAGUGAAUUAAACACCGAAAUCAACCAAAUGGCGACUGAGAUAGAAAAUCUAAAAGAAUAUCGUCGAGUUUUAGAGAAAGCAUUAGGUGAUACUGCUAAUCCAUUACAUGUAGCUGAAGAAUGUUUGAUGCAUCGUGAAAAACGACGAGGUAUUGAUUUGGUUAAUGAUGAUGUGGAGAAAUCUCUGAUAAAGGAGGUAGAUAUCAUCAAGAGAUGCCAACAGAAGAUGAAGAAAUGCCACGAUAAAGCUUUAGCCCAGCUCAAAGUCGACAGAGCGUGUCAACACGCCAUGGAGGUCGACUGUAAAGAUAAACACCACGCUCAACAUCUUGAUGACAGAAUGCAACAAUUAAAAAAUUCUUCAGCUGGUAUCGGAUAUUUCCCCAGUAUUGAAAACGUUGAUAAUACGAUCACCAUCCCCGAAUCUUGGGCACGAUACUCACAAGAGAACAUCGCCAGAUCUCAGAAAGAACGAGCAGCUUCAGAAAAACUCCGAGGUGAAAUUGACAGCUGUAUGAGGUCCUGUGCUAGUGAAAUGUGGAAUAUCUUUAACGCUGUGAAUAACGCUUUCAACACCAGAAUCCACGAAACUACGGACGCUAGAAAUAAACUUCAAGCUCAUCUACAAAGAACGAUGCAAGAAAUCUUCGACAUGGAAAGAAACAUUCAUCUGUUAAGAAAAGCCAUUCAAGAUAAAGAAAAUCCAAUGAAAGUGGCUCAAACUCGACUUGAUGAAAGAACAAGAAGAAUCCAUGUUGAAGUCUGCCACGAUCCUGUCAUGAAAACAUUGAAGAAUGAAGUAAACGAGAUCCGCGAAUCCAUCGCCAUUUUACAGAAAACUUUGAACGACUCUGAGCUGAGUUUGAGCCGCCUCCUGAAGACCAAGUCUGUAAUCGAACACGAUAUUGGAGUGAAGGAGAAUUCCCUGAAAUUAGAUUCUCAGUUGUGUAUGGGAAUGAGGAAAGGUUUCCCCAUGGAUCCUAAAGUUGGUCCAAUCUUCCAGAUGCCUACAGUUUAAAGAUCUGAUACCAAUUUAAAAAUCAUCAACGAUAAUCUAAAUUUUGUCUGGGAGAUUAACCUUAAAGGGAUUGUAAAGAGGUUUUCUAAAUUUUUUUUGUGUAUCAAGGAUACUGAUAUCAUCAAUUUACAUCAUUCUAAUUUUCAAUCCGACAUCUGUGGUUCCUUCAAUUCCACUAAAACUAUGUAAUUGCAAAAUAUGCUUUAUCAAUUAAGGCUCUUCGCGAUUUGUGACGUCAUCAAACACUUAGUUGAAGUGGAAUUGCAGGAACCACAGACGUCUGAUUGAAAAUUGGAAUGGUGUAAAUUGAUGAUAUCAGUGUCCUUGAUAUUAUUGAAAAAUUUAGAAAACCUCUUUACAAUCUCUUUCAGUUUUGCCAUUCCAAGUCGUAAACUGUGUGAUAUUUAUAUUUUACAUUAUAUCGAUCGAAUGCCACCCUAUCAUUAAAAAUUUUCUUACAAAAAUUUAGCUUUGAACACUUGCCAGCCGUGAGUUCGAAUGCCACAUUUACCAGCAAUAACACCAUCAUCUAAUUUAAAUGAUAAAACUUAAUUUGAAUCGAUUUUAAAUGUUUGGCAAACAUAUGACUUGAUCAUCUGAUAUUAAACAAGAACAAGAACAAAAACAGUAUUUGAUGUUAAGUGACAGUGGUUGUAAAAAGAAAUUAUAAUUGAAAUUACGAAAGCACCUACCGAGGUUAAUAUUUGGGUAUAUCAUAUAUGAAUUUAUAUCAUUUUUCAUUGGACAAUUUUUGUAAUAUUAUUGAUGAAACUGUUAUUUGUGUAUUUAAAUAUCCAGCACUUUUUUAACAUGAGGAUUUAGUAUCGAGCACCUGUCAGUUGGUUACUAUGGAGAUUAUAUUUAAAUCACAGUGGAUAUCUUUAUUUUGUGCCAAAUAAUUUAUUUAUUUCAUUGUGUGUUUGAAUUUUCUUUGAUUAUUUAUUUGGUUUGUUUUUUCAUUUUAUGUUUUGAGAUAUAAAUUAACUUUGAUAAUAUCUAAACAAAACAAGUUAUAUUUUGGAAAUUUGUUGUAAGUUAUUUUUCAUAAGAGUUUAAUCAAUUUGAUUCUUUAAUUUGAUUAAAUAUUUGUUUUUGAUUGUUUAUUUUUUUUGUAUUGUUUUGAAUUGACAUUGAUAAUUUACACACAAGAUUAUUUCCAUUGGUUGUGAUAUUUUGUUUUGUAAUAUUUUAAUUAAUUUGGAUUUUUUGUUCGUUUGAAAUUUGUAUAUACAGUAUUCAUUGUUGUAUUUAUUGAUGAUUUUGAAUUUACAAUUUUUGUUGUUUUAAAAUUCUUUGACUUUUUUUUAAAGAAUAUUUGAUAUUGUGAAUUAUUUUUUGUGUGAAUUGCGACUAUGUUUUUAUUUUUAAUUACCUAAAAUGUAUUUUUGUUUAAAAGAACCCCAGCAUUACUGUUGUUAAUUUGUAUUAUAGAUUUUUUUCUUAUCCAUUUUUUUUUCUGUCUUUCUUAUUUUAUAACUUUUUCCCUUUCUUUCUCAUUCAUUCAUAUUUUCUUUUUUCUGUUUUUUGAUAGAAGCAUCAUAACUGGAGACUCUUUUAUUUAAAUAAUUUUCAAGGUUUUUGAUUGGAUUAAUCAUGAAAGCCAUUACAGUACUGUCCAAUCAGAUUCAGAUAAUUAAUAAGUUCUCUGUUAUGAUGAUUCUGGGAGGCGUUAGUCAUUAAUAUAUAUUGUACAUAAUACCAUUGUUUAUUAUUUAUUUGUAUAAAUUAUUUAUGAUUUGUUUUAAUGGUCAUAUUUAGGCCUACUUAUUAAUACUUUAUUACAGUAUUAAUAU